AAUGGAUUACGCUUGGCUUCUGCUUCUCUUCUGUUACUCCAUAAUUGAUAUGCAGCGAAUCUCGGCGUUGUUUGUAACGGAUAUCAGUGUGCCGGAAAUCGUUGACUUUCGGGAUAAUGUAACACUGUCCUGCAGCUACGAUAUGAGUGGACACACUUUAAAUUCCGUCAAGUGGUAUAAGGAUCGUCUAGAGUUCUUUAGAUAUACUCCACUGAUGCGACCUGUUUAUCUCAAAUUUCCCGUUGCUGGAAUUCAAGUUCUGGAUGGCAAGUACUUCUGCAACGAGUCCACGUGUCGUGUGGAUCUCAGUCUGCUGGGCGCCAAGUCCACAGGCACCUUCAAGUGCGAGGUGAGUGGCGAUGCACCGCACUUUAAGCUGGCUGCGAGGGAGGACAACAUGACGGUGGCAGCCUUGCCACAAAGCGACCCCCUAAUCGAGAGCUUCAACUCGAUGUAUCGCAUGGAGGAGUUUCUCAGUGCCACCUGCUCUUCGGACUACUCCAGCUUACCCACAAAGCUCUCAUGGUAUAUCAAUGGCGAGCAGCCAAUGCUUGGGGAACUACAGCCGACCAUUGACACGAGCAUUCCAGCCCACGAUUACAUACUGCGUCGACAACGACUCCAGGUGCACUUCUAUCUGCAAGGACAACGCUUCUAUCAGACCGGUAAUAUACUCAAGCUUAAGUGCGUGGCGGAAAUUGAAAACUACCCGGAACUGCGCCGUGAGAUGACGCUCAGUGCCGCCCUAACGCCAUUUGACAAUUUGAAUAAUCAAAUGUUGAAGCAUUCCUGCUCAGCCUCGGCUUCUGCACAAAGGAACUGCCUUUUGGCAAGGACAUGUCUAAUAUCCGGUUUCUUUGCGAUAAUUCUGCUUACAAAAUGCUUGCAACGCCAUUCAUGAGCUUUCUCGGCAGUCACGGAAAUGCCCCAGCCCUGGUCUCAGUUGCACGCUCAGUAGGCGACAACUGCAACUGCAACUUGAAUGAGAGCGGGAACUUUGGCAACUAUAUCAACACAUUAGUUAGUUAGUUAGAUUAAGCGCAAAGGGGAGACUGUGAGAUAGAGGGUGGCUCACUUUGUCACUUGUAAAUAGUUUUGAUGAAGAAGGUGCAACAAUAUGAGGCAGAAGCUAUAAUUACAUUUCGCCACAGGUGCACAGUAAAUACAGACAUAAAACAUAGUUAAAUUAAGUCAACAUUAGGUAUUAAGGCUGAACUAGAAAUGAACUCCCUUGAAAUAUUUUGGCUUUAAAACAAGUCAUUCAUAUAAGUUAAACUUUAAACAAUUCGUAUACAGGGUGAGCCAGCAAUGAGUAUAAGAAUCUUAAGUCAUUUUACAAUUAAAUUGAUUUUGUUUUUGUAAAUCAAAUUUAUUGAGCAAUUUAUUUAGUAUAAAUAAGCAUUAUGAUCCAUAUGUUUGUUACUGUUGAUAACGAGAUUUUGUUAGAUUUUUGAUAUGAUUAACGCUGAUAACUUAUGAUAUUUAAGAUAUGGGCAUUUCGAGCAUAGCUUCUCAGGGAAGCCAAAUAAAUUGAUUGCAUGCAUUUAAUUCAAUUACGAAAACAAAAACAAAUAACAAAUACAAAUGCAAAUACUCAUACAGCAUAAUAAAUAAAACAAAUACAAAUACAAAUACAAUUAAACUGCACUCGAAACAGUUAAGUGAAUAAGAAAGGUGUUCAAUUUGCUUUUUACUAGCCAUGAUAAGCAACACUCGAGCAAACACGAAUUUUAAAUGUAUAUGUAAACAAUUCUCAAAAUUAAAUAAUUAAUAAACACAUUUUUGUGCACAUGAAAACCUUUUCGCAACUAAAAGUAAAAAAAAAAUAUAACACAAAAUGUUAUCUAUGGAAUAUGCAAAUGUUGUAAAAACGAUUAUGGAUGUAACGAAGCGAUAUGUAUAGGUUAGUUACCAUAGAAAACUGUAAAUACAAUUUUAAACAUUAUAAACAGAGAAAAACAACUAUAAAUCAUGCUCCAAUCGACAAACAAUAACAACAAAAGCAUCUACAUAAACAAAACAAAAUAUGAAAAAAAGAGACGAACAUCCAAUGUACGUUCUUUAAUUUUACACGUUAAGCAGAAAAAAUGCUCGAAUCAAUGGAUAUGUAUUCAGGAACUUCAACGAGUCGAGUAACUAACUAAAUAUGCAGCAACCAUUUCAUAUUUAAUGAGCUACUAGAAAAUAGAAAUAAAAACCAAAACCAACCGUCAAGUACAUGUGUAUGAUAGUACAUAUGUAUAUGAAUGUAUUCUGGUCUCAAUGCAAAAAAAAAACCAAAAUAGAAUCAAUAAAAAUGCAAAUGUAUGUAUUAAGUGGCAAACUGGCGAGUAAUUUAAAGCAACAAAAUAUAUUCAGAUGACAUAAAUGAAAACUUCAAAAGAGUUACUCGGGAGAAUACAAAAAUAAAAAAAAUAAAUAUAAAAAAAAAAAAAUGCUUUAACAAACAUUGAAACUUGAUAUAUUAAAUUGAAAAGAUAAACAAAAUACGGUCGGGCACUUGUUAAUCACUUUAUGUUAUUUAAUAUGCAAUUAAAACAAAACUGAAGGCCGGCAAAAAUAACAAACAAAUACUCAAAAAACAACUAUGAGUAUAACUGGCAAUGUA